GAUCUCUAAAGCGAGCGGUGCGAUUUUUCAAGUGGUGCGAAUAUGACAGCGGAAACGAAUACAGGUCCCAUUAUUGGGCAGCGGCAUCUGCAGGCAUUCCUGCUCUUCUCCUCCAUUGUGGUCAAUUACAUGGCCAAGUUCAAUGCUGGUGUGGCUGUUGUGGCCAUGACAAAUGCCGAGAGCACCAAUCCCAACUUUCCUGAGUACGAUUGGAAUGAAAUGGAGCGAUCCUACAUCCUGUCCAGCUUCUUCUGGGGUUACAUACUGACGCAGUUCCUGGGCGGCUGGCUGUGCAGGCGCUAUGGAGCAAGGAUUACCAUGUUCGUGUCCACCAUUGGAUCGGCCCUGUUGGCCUUGCUGCCGCCUUGGUGCGUAUCCUGGGGCGGCUGGCAAGCUUAUUGCGCCAUCCGAAUGGCAAUGGGCCUGUUCCAGGGCUUCCUUUUCCCCUGCAUCCAUGCUCACCUGGCCAACUGGUGUCCGGUGAAUGAAAGGAAUCGGCUGGGCGCCUUGGCCAACACGGGUAUCGAUUGCGGCACCCUAGUGGCUAUGUUUGCCAGCGGAUUAUUAGCUGCCUCCAGCAUCGGUUGGCCCGGGAUAUUCUAUGUGUCCAGUGGUGUGGGCAUCUUUUGGUGCAUCAUCUGGCUGAUCUUCGGAGCCAAUACACCAAGGGAAUCAAAGAUGAUCAGCGAAGCGGAACUGAACUACAUCGAGACCUCGAUCAAUUCCAGCCGGAAAGCGGAGGAGGCAGAGCAGAAGGCCAAUGGACCCAUUCCAGUACCUUGGAAGGCCAUCUGGACAUCGGUUCCUUUCUGGGCUCUUAUGAUCACCAGGUGCUGCCAGUCGUGGGGCUACUCCACCUUGCAGACCGAAAUGCCUGCCUACAUGAACGGUGUUCUGUUGAUGGACAUGAAGAGCAACGCCAUUUACUCGGCCCUGCCGUACUUUACCUCCUGGAUGAUGGCCUUCGUCUACCUGAUCGUUGCAGACAUUCUGCUGACCAGGGGCGUCAUGUCCAUCACUGGCAUUCGCAAGACCGUGAAUUCGAUAGCGUUCUUUGUGCCUGCAAUUGCCCUGGUCGGUGUUAGCUUCCUGGACAGUGACCAGAAGACCCUGGCCGUGGUCCUGAUGUGUGCCAAUGUGGGUAUCAAUGCGGGCUCUACGAUUGGCAGCACAAUAAACACCAUUGACUUGUCGCCAAAUCAUGCGGGCAUUCUCAUGGGGAUUAUCAACACGGCAGCCAAUGUGGUGCCUAUUCUGACGCCCCUCCUUGUGGGACUUAUCGUCAAGGAUGAUCAUGAUCGCACUCAGUGGCAAAUCGUAUUCAUCAUUGCGGCCGUUAUAUUCUUUGUGGGAAAUAUAAUCUACCUGAUCUUUGGUCAAAUGGUUAAUCAACCUUGGGAUGCACCCGACUUUUUAGAUAGCCAACGAUCCCUUAAUCUUCAAGAGCAAGGAGUUGGUGCCAAAGCUCUGGAAGCUAGGAUAAGUGAGGAGUUGCAAGAAGCCAAGCGAAAAGAAAGUGAAGCCGGUUUGGAGCGCACAGAAGAGCAUUUGUAGUGCAAUGAUCACCCAAGUUGUAACUCGAAAAUACCAUUGAAAUUAACUUACGGCUGGUCCGGGACUCUUUGUUUUACAAGAGUCUUUGUUACAAUAGUUAUAGGAUUUAAUAUGUAAGUU